AUGCUCGACGCAGAACUUUUGUGUGAGGGAAAAGAUGAAGCCGAACCAUUCGGUCAGGCCGAAACUCCUGACGACAGAAUCGAGACUCGUCGAAAAUGCAUUGCUGCACAAGUCCAGGCCGAGAAACAUGAAGUGCUUGGAAGUGAGUUCAAGGAGAAUGAGGACGCUGAAGAGAUAGCCUGGCCAAGUCUGAAACAAAUGGAAAAAAGUGAAAAGCACAUGACUGAAUUAAAAGCAAAUGGCGCAGACAUGGUGACCAACCUUUUGGUGGUGGCUGAUGCCAGGGAGUCGAAGAGGAGAGCAGAACUGAGACGGGUGAACAGAUUGAAAUUGGAGAAGCUGGAAAAUGAGGCCAAGUCCGGCACAGAGAAGUUCAGUAAGAUCAUGAAGAAGUGGACCGAAGCCGAGACGAAAGUGAUCCAUCAGGAGCUGAGAGACGAUCUGAGAAAACAGCAACAGCUCUGUUGGGAAAUCAUCGAAAACAAGAACAAGCUUAUUGAUGAAUUGCAGCAGGAGCUAAAAAGUAGAAACGACCAUUUUGUGGAGAAUUGCAAAACAGAGGCAGAAGAAAUGGAUCUCCUAAUUGAAAAGUUGCAGGAAUUGAUAUCAGGUCUAAAGAAAGACUACAGAAAAGAGCUGGACCUCAUCGAGAACUCGUUCAGUGACGAGUGGAAGGAUUUGCUCGAAGACAGCAAGAAGAAAUGGGAGCAGCAGAGGAAGGAACGAAGCAAGAAAGAACUGGACUGCAUGCUGAAUCAGGUCAAGAUGCUGGAGGAGCAUGAGGCGCUGCUGGAUCAGCUGAGAGUGGACUGUGCAAAGGAGUACAGGAAGAUCAAAACCAAACUAGAGGCUGACAUAGAGCGCCUAGAGCAAGACCUGCAAGCAAAGAAAGCUGCCUACCUGCUUAAUCAGGAGAAGCUCGAGCACAACACACACAUGCUGAAGAAGUAUGAGCAAGAGUAUACUGUCAGUAAGGCUGAGCAGAUAAAGAAGCUCACCAGACGGCAGGCUACACAAAACUAUCUGAAGAAAAAAUGCGCCAUGCAGGAAAAGCAGACCAAUAAGAAGAUCCAGGUACUGACUAAUAAGUACAAGCGCCUGACAGAGCAACAGAAAGAUAUUCAGAACAAGAUAAGGCAUUUUGCCGUGGUUGAUGCCAAGCGUUACAAGGAGAUUUGGCUGAUGAAUGAAGAUGAGGCCAAAGAACUGGUGUGCAAGGCUUUGGAGAUGGACCAGUUUAUUAAUGAACAGGUUCUUGGCCUGACCUGGAGUCCCCCUCCAUUGCCCUUCACGGAUCAUUCUGGCCCCAAGCGUACACUACAGCAAGUGGGCACACAAAAUCUAAGAGAGGAGGACGAGACACAGGAUCAGACAGAUCCAGAGAGCUGUUCACUGGACGACUCUGACAAUCUGGAGAGUAGCAUGCUCACAGUGGAUCAUAAAACAGUCAAAAGGCUGCUGGAGCUUUUCUGUGAUGAGCUGGGCUUUCUUAUCGAGAGUAAGGUCCACAAGCUUUUAUUUUCCACGGAGAAGAAUGAUCAGAUGCCUUUGAAGCUGGAUUUCAUCUUUUCUGCCAUAGGGAUUAAGAACGAAGAGGAUAUCAACGAAAUGACCAAGUUCUUCCUGAAAUAUAAACAGACACAAAUAGAGAACGUGUCAGAAAAUGACCAGGCAAAUCUUAUCCACCCAAAUGAUCUCCUGAGAGCUCUCCAUGCUUUCACUGCCCAGUACUGCAAAGCCAGCAAGAAACCUCGACCUAAGAGCAGUGCUGUAGUGCUGAAGAAGAUGAACGACUCUGAGAUCAAAGCAUACUGGAACGACAUCGCCAACGUCAUCCCUGAGUCCAAAUUCAAAGUGUGGAAGGCACUGGAGGCAGGACUCAAGAAGUACCAUACUGAGCUGACGACGAGAUCCAAGCUUCUGAAUGAAACACAGCAACUCAGACAACAAAAUUUUGAGCUCCACAUGCUCCUGCAUCAAUAUCAAAGCCCGCCCAGCCGCAUGAUGCAGCAAUGA